GGAAAGUGGGGACCAGCCGGGACCCUGUUAGUAUGCGCAAAAGCUCUAACAUGUACCUGGUUCGUUUCGAUUUGCCCAAUCCAUGGAGAUUGCUCACCCUUAGCUCUCACAAAUCAACAAUCAAAAAGAUACAAAGAAAUCACUAAAAAACCAAACUACUCCUUUCCUAACCACCAACAGGAUGAAAAUCGUUUCUGCUUCUCUCCUUCUCUUGGCAUCCAUGGCAUCUGUCGUCGUCGCCCAAGGAAGCCUUCGUAGCACCACUUCAAAUUCCCCAAAGGCUCACCGUGAGCUGUUCUUUGGUAAAAUUGUUGAUGCAGUUGGAAAUGCAGUUGAUAAUGCUGGUGGCAUUGUGGAUACAGUGGGAGAUCAUAUUAAUAAUGCAGUUGGAGAAGCUAAUGGAAUUGUGGAUGCAGUUGGAGAUGCAGUUAAUAAUGCCAGGGAUGCAGUUGGUGAUGCAAUGGAGUCAGUCUUUGCAAAGCUCAUGCCUGUACUCACGGAUCGACUUGGUAGUGCAUUUAUUGAAGAGCUUGGGAAUCACAUGGAUCCCUUUCCUUUCAGUGGACACAACACCCGCACAUAUGCCAUGCUUGGCAACUGCACCGAUGAUGGCGCUGUUGCCAUUACCAUCAAUGAAAUUACUGGGCUUAGCAGUCUCAAAUUUGACAGGAUGACCAUGAAAACUAUGCCAACCUUCAAGGCCACCAACUUCAAGAUUAAAUGGGAUGGAGGAAACUUUGAAAUUCAGGCCAACAUUGGAAGGCUCCAAGUGAACAGUACCUACGCACUAACAUCCUCUGACUGUGGUAUGGAAGUGGAUGAAUCCAUGACUGGCAUUGUGGAGAUCACAGGGGUCAAACUAAGCUUCAAUCUGGACAUUGAUGGUUUCUCCAAGUACAAUGGACAGACCAAGAUUACUGACUUUGAGGUCAAAGACUUUGCCUUUGAUACAUCGGAAGCAGCAAUCAGUGGAGACACAGCUAUUGCCACUACUGUUUCCACGCCUGAUGGCGAUGUUCAAGUUAAUGCUGAUAUCACAGACUCCAUCGAAUCAUUUGUGGAUGAAGAGUUGGAAGGAACUCUCAAGGAUGUUUCUUUGACCUUGAUCAAUGACCUUGCUGAUGGUUUCCUUCCAAUGGUAAUUGAUUCUGGUGCUUUCACAGUUUGAGCUUGAGAAAGCAAAACAAACACAGCCCUUGCGGGAAGACAGCCAAAAUAGAAGAAGACAAAGCCGAUGCAUGUAGUAGAUCAAAGAAGAACAAGAAAUAGACAGUAGAACUAAAGGAAAGCAAAUAGAAAAAAUUUAGAGUGCC